GGGGGGAUGAGGUGGGCUCUCUACGCCUUCUUUUUCGCUGUACCCAUUGCCUGGGGACCUUAGACCUGCUUCCCUGCUGGGGAAACUGCUACGCGGAUCUAGGUCAAGUUAAUCUUCUGGGAAGCCUUCCUGCCGACUCCACUGACCUGAGGUUUCCUGAGGCCGUGGCGUGUUAUUUGAGCCUUUACUGGCAGAGGGUACCGCGGGGUAUUGAAGGAUUAGUAGGAGUUCGCCAGGGAACUGGGACGUGACCGCCUCCUGCAUACCCAGCUCCAGGCACACAGGUCUCCAUCUCUCCGCCCUGGGGCAUCUUCCUUCAGGGGAGGGGAGGAGGGGCUCCAGAAUGGCUGAGGAGAAGAAGCUGAAACUGAGCAACACCGUGCUGCCCUCGGAGUCCAUGAAGGUGGUGGCCGAGUCCAUGGGCAUCGCUCAGAUUCAGGAGGAGACCUGCCAGCUGCUGACAGAUGAGGUCAGCUACCGCAUCAAGGAGAUUGCACAGGAUGCCUUGAAGUUCAUGCACAUGGGGAAGCGGCAGAAGCUCACCACCAGCGACAUUGACUAUGCACUGAAGCUAAAGAACGUCGAGCCACUGUAUGGCUUCCACGCUCAGGAGUUCAUUCCUUUCCGUUUCGCCUCUGGUGGCGGCCGGGAGCUUUACUUCUACGAGGAGAAGGAGGUUGAUCUGAGCGACAUCAUCAAUACCCCUCUGCCCCGAGUGCCCCUGGAUGUCUGCCUCAAAGCUCACUGGCUGAGCAUUGAAGGCUGCCAGCCAGCUAUUCCGGAGAACCCACCCCCAGCUCCCAAAGAGCAGCAGAAGGCUGAGGCCACAGAACCCCUGAAGUCAGCCAAGCCGGGCCAGGAGGAAGACGGCCCCUUGAAAGGCAAAGGUCAGGGGGCCGCUGCAGCUGACGGCAAAGGGAAAGAGAAGAAGGCGCCACCCCUGCUGGAGGGGGGCCCUCUGCGACUGAAGCCCCGAAGCCUCCACGAGUUGUCUGUGGAGCAGCAGCUGUACUACAAGGAGAUCACAGAAGCCUGUGUGGGCUCGUGCGAGGCCAAGAGAGCGGAGGCUCUGCAGAGCAUCGCCACGGAUCCGGGGCUCUACCAGAUGCUGCCUCGUUUCAGCACCUUCAUCUCAGAGGGGGUGCGCGUGAACGUGGUGCAGAACAACCUGGCCCUGCUCAUCUACCUGAUGCGCAUGGUGAAGGCGCUGAUGGACAACCCUACUCUGUAUCUGGAGAAAUACGUGCAUGAGCUGAUCCCGGCCGUGGUCACCUGCAUCGUGAGCAGGCAGCUGUGCCUGCGGCCAGAUGUGGACAAUCACUGGGCGCUCCGGGACUUUGCCGCCCGCCUGGUGGCCCAGAUCUGCAAGCAUUUCAGCACAACCACUAACAACAUCCAGUCCCGAAUCACCAAGACCUUCACCAAGAGCUGGGUGGACGAGAAGACCCCGUGGACAACGCGCUACGGCUCCAUCGCAGGCCUGGCAGAGCUGGGACAUGAUGUGAUUAAGACUCUGAUUCUGCCACGGCUACAGCAGGAGGGGGAGCGGAUCCGCGGGGUCCUGGAUGGCCCGGUGCUGAGCAACAUCGACCGCAUAGGGGCUGACCACGUGCAGAGCCUCCUCCUGAAACACUGUGCCCCUGUUCUGGCAAAGCUGCGCCCACCGCCUGACAAUCAGGAUGCCUAUCGGGCAGAAUUUGGGUCCCUCGGGCCCCUCCUCUGCUCCCACGUUGUCAAGGCCCGGGCCCAGGCUGCUCUGCAGGCUCAGCAGGUCAACAGGACCACUCUGACCAUCACUCAGCCCCGGCCCACGCUGACCCUCUCACAGGCCCCCCAGCCUGGCCCUCGGACCCCUGGCUUGCUGAAGGUCCCUGGCUCCAUUGCGCUGCCUGUCCAGACACUGGUGUCUGCUCGAGCCGCUGCCCCGCCUCAGCCUUCCCCUCCCCCAACCAAGUUCAUCGUCAUGUCGUCCUCCUCCAGCGCCUCAUCCACGCAACAGGUCCUGUCCCUCAGCACCUCGGCCCCUGGCUCAGGCUCCACCACUACCUCUCCUGUCACCACCACCGUCCCCAGCGUGCAGCCCAUCGUCAAGCUGGUCUCCACCGCCACAAGCGCGCCCCCCAGCACUGCCCCCUCUGGUCCCGGCAGUGUCCAGAAGUACAUCGUGGUCUCUCUUCCCCCUACAGGGGAGGGCAAAGGAGGCCCCACCUCCCAUCCUUCUCCAGCCCCUCCCCCGACCUCAGCCCCCUCCCCGCUUGGGGUCAGCGCCCUGUGUGGGGGGAAACCGGAAGCUGGGGAGAGCCCCCCUCCCGCUCCAGGGACUCCGAAGGCUAAUGGCUCACAGCCCCCCGGAUCUGGCUCCCCUCCGCCUGCGCCUUGAUGCUCACACGUCAGCUGACCUUCUUCUCUCCCAUGUAUUCUCUCUCUCCCUCCCUCUCCCUCUCCCUGUCCCUCUCUCUCUCUCUCAUGCACACACAAACACACACACACACACACACACACACACACACACUCUCUCUCUCUCUCUCUCUGGGUGGAAGGAAACAGCAGUCAGCUUCCCCCACGUGACUUUCUCUUUCAGUGUAUUGUACAGUCAGUUCCUCAGAAUAAAAGUUUGAUUUUUAAAUUGUGAUCCACCUCAGUCCUUCCUGGGUCAGAUCCCACGGGACGGGCGGUCGAACCCGUAGAGCCCCCCUGCUCUCUAGGACUCAGGACUCUUCCAGCCAGAGCCACAGCCACAGGCCAGGCUGCUGGGAGAGGAAACAUCGUCCUUCUGAUGCACAGAUCACCUCCUCUGCCACCCGUGUCCUCGUUUGGGAGCCUCAGAUCCGAAUGACGUAGGCGUCGCUGUGGCUUAGGUGUCGCACCCACUUGUGGGGGUUGGCGUUGCCGCAUGGUCUGAAUGCCAGCCUGAGGAAGCGAA